AUUCUUAAGACAUUUAAAUACACCCUUGAUGCAAGGUCAAGCCGACGAUUACACUUUGGACGCAUUUGCUUCUUAUGGCAGCACAAACCUAAUCGAGCUUGAAGUUAUCUCCACAGCUGAAGGAACACACCAGGGUUUUUAACUGUUGCUGUUGUGAGAGGAAAGUGUUUAAAGUCAUUACUCAAAGAAAAUAACGUAACAGUCAAAUUUGAAGGCAGCACAAUAAACUGUUAAGCAACAGGCCAUUCGUUAUCCGUGGCCUGCUCUCUGUCAUCUGAGGAGCAGUAUAUAAACUGUAUUAUCUAAGAUAUGUCAGCAUGCCAGUGAACAUAUUAAAUAAAGUUGUAGAAUACAAAUGCCAACAUUUGUGAGUAAAUUGAUAUCUCAAUUAACAUUGACAGAAACACUUUUGACAACAGAAAAUGCAUGCCUCACAUUUUACAUUAGCCUUUUAAAUUUUGAUAAAAAAAGUUGAACUUACUUAUUGCUAAGCAUAUCACAAGGCCAUACGUGCAUUGCCAGACACAUGGUCACUUUAACUGUGUUUCCCAUUAACUGAACAUCUCCAAAUAUCAUACAGCUGUUUAUUCAAAACAUUUGGUUUCUUUUCACAUAAGAAAUAUAAAUACUAUUGUAUGGGUGUGCCAUGACCUAGUUAAGACAAAGAUGGAUUCCAGGCAGAGGAAAAAAGGCUCAAGAUGUCACAGGGUAUUACAUCCAGUACAUAAUCUUCCUUCUUCUCAAUCCUUUAAAAGGAGGUAUCAUAGUUUUUAUCAUAGUCCGUGAGAGAUGAGGAAAUCAAGUGUAAGAUCCCUUUUGGAACAAAGGAAACCCAUAUAGGCCAUUGAGUCCUGUUUUAGGAAAAUGGCUGCCGAUAGCGCUCGGCCCCCUCUCUCUGCUCUCUGUUGAAGGACUCCUGAGCCGUGCCUCUAAUAGCAGACAGCUCCUCUGCUGCUGCGCUCUGAUUGGCCCGCCAGAGCUGCCGCUGUUAACCAGCCAAUUGCCCGAUCACUGCAAAACACCAAGCAAUGUCAAACUAAAUCCACUUUAGGCGACAAUAUAAGUCUCGAAAAUGGUAUUAAAAAAUGGUAAGCGUUAUGAUAAUACAAAUAAAAGCUCCACGGGUUGUUAAUAUUUGUUUAAAAGCCAGCACGUACCACAACGGUUUGGCACUAGUUUGUUGGUCUGGAUUACAAAACUGACACAACGUAACACACCGCCGCAUUCCAACGGUUAUAAACGUUAGCCUCGUAAUUAACUUCAACGUUUUAUCAGCCGAGUGUGAGACAUCUCCCAUUCGCAGUCAUCUUCUGUCUCUACAUCCGCGGAGUCCCCAUGUGUUUGUUUUCCUUCACAAAUAUAGUCCGAUAUGGUUUAAUUGUUCAACGACUACACAAAAACCUUCGUCCAAAUCCUUUUUAAUGGCCUUUUACUGUCAGUUGAGAAGAUUGCCCCUGUGUCUAUCUUGUGUUUGCCAUUUGGGUAAAUACAGUCAGCAGAUUCGACACAAAAUGAUUUAGAGGUUUAGAGACACAAGGCAGUUACCGGUCAUAUACUAAUAUAUAUAAAUGCAUACGAACGUUUUUGACUGUGCAUUUAUAAAACAUCCGAUUUUUUUUAGAAAUCAAUAUCAUUAAAAAAUAACCCGUGGAAAUAAAAUAUAAAACUCUGGCGAAAGUGCGGCUAGCAUCAGCGUUGGGCAAGCCUAGCGGUGUAUUGUGGGAGAGACAGAAGCUACAGACCAGAGGCACACAAUAUGUGUUGGCUCUCGCCGAAAAGGAGGCAGUAUUCUUCAAGCUAAAUCAUGUAAUGUAAGCGGCGAAAGGAAAGCGAUUUCGUCUUUUCAUCAAUUAAAGAAAAUAUCUCGAUCGGACGAACCAUGUCCAAGCCAGGGGAGAAAUACAGAUUGAACGAAGACCAUGGCAGAAAGCAGAGUUCAAGUUUGGCGAACGGCAUGGACAGUCAUCCCGGCUGCGGCUCGGCGGAGAAGCGGGGCCACCACUGCAGAAGUUACAAGUUGAUCAUCGACCCGGCGUUGAAGAAGGGAUCCCACAAACUGUAUCGCUACGAUGGGCUGACUUUCAACAUGCCCAACCCCGGGAUGCCCCCGGUGGACAUGGUCCGAGACCCGAGGAUCGGUCGUCUCUGGACUAAAUACAAAGAGACCGACCUCCCGGUGCCGACAUUUAAGAUCGAUGAGUGUUAUAUCGGCGACGUGCCUCCCAAGGAGGUGACAUUCGCCAGGCUGAACGACAACAUCAGGGAAGGAUUUCUUGGCGACAUGUGCAAAAAAUUUGGAGAAAUCGAGCACGUCGAGAUCUUGUACAAUCCGAAGAAUAAGAAGCACCUGGGGAUUGCUAAAGUUGUUUUUGAGAACGUGAAAGCCGCCAAAGUGGCUGUGCAGUCGCUUCACAAGACGUCUGUUAUGGGAAACUUCAUCCACGUGGAGCUGGACCCGAAAGGUGAGAAUCGCCUCAGAUACUUCCAGCUCCUGAUGAAUGGCAGCUACACCCCGCUGACCCUGCCUGUUGGUGGGGAGGAGGUCAGAGAAGUCUCCCCUCGCAGCCUGGCAGAAGCCUUACUGGCCUGCGAGCCCAUCCGCAGGUUGUCGGAGAGCAGUGUGUCUGCUGCUGGAGGAGCGUUGCCACCCAGCAGCUCCACCACUCCUCUGUCCCAGGAGACGGGCUACUCCAGCCUGAGGCAGGACACCCCCCAGUCCCAGGGAACCCCUCACACCCCGCGGCAGACUGGCACGCCGUUCUCUCAAGACUCCAAUUUCUCCAGUCGGCAGUCCACCCCGGCGUACCAGUCGAGCCGGGCCGAGAACUCCGGAAGUUACAAAUCUCGCAGACAUGAGGGUAAGUUCCAGGAUGCGUACAACCGCAGACCGGAGAGGCCUAAGUACCGCAGCAACAUGUUCCGGAGUAACACGUCGGAUCAGGCUCCCUUCAAACAGCACCAACUCACCCCACCUGAACCUCCACCUUCCACCCCCACCUUCGCAUACACAGCGCCUCCCCCUGCUACGUCCAACUUCAAAUCCGCUUUCUCGCCUUAUCAGGCUCCUUUGCCCCCCGCGUUCCCCCCGUCGGAGCCUGCUUUCCAUCACCCAGCCCAGAGGGAGGGGGAGUACCUCCGACCUCCGCAGCCGCCUCCCGCAGCUGCCACUGACUUUUUGCCCGUCAAGGAGAGGCCAGAAACUCCUCCGAUCCCAGAGCCCCCGCCGGAGCCCGUUCCCCAUCCGACCACCCCUCCUCCUCAAACCCCAGAGCACUGCCCCUCACCUGGCUCCCCCACGCUGGACCUAGAGCGCAAUAGCCUGGAUUCUCGCAUUGAGAUGCUCCUAAAGGAGAAAAGGACAAAACUGCCGUUCCUGGAGGAGCGAGACUCGGAUUCUGAGGUGCGGAUGGAGGGGAGUCCCAUCUCCUCCUCGUCCUCUCAGCUAUCCCCAAUUCCCCCUUACACGGGGGGCCAGCAAAACUCCCGUCCCUGUAGCACAGGCCUGGAGGAUAUCAGCCCGACCCCACUGCCAGACUCGGAAGAUGAAGAGCCAAUUCCCGGAACUGCCUCCCUGAUCAAGAGAAUCAGUUCUCCUCUCUCGGAGAAGAUGAGCAACAGUGACCUCAACGAUAGGCAUUUUCGAUGCCACACUCCGACUGAUCAAAUGGAAACGGGUCACCAGUCGUCAGGGGAGGAUAUGGAGAUCUCUGACGACGAGAUGCCCGGGACCCCCAUCGAGGGUGCAGAAUGUAAAGGCAUCGUCAUGAACUCUGCUGUGUCGGAGAUGCAGACCAUCGCCCUCCCUCCGCCCUACCUCCAGCACCAGUCCGGAUACCAACUCUCCCAUCACCACCUGCCGCCUCACUCUGCUGUCCCGGGACACCCUCACCUCACCGGUGUGCCUCACCACAUGCUACACCCCAUGGGCCCCUUUGCUCACAGCAUGAUGCCCCUGGUGCAGAUGGAGCUGAUGAACUGCCUGCGGUGGGAGCAGUGGAGCACCGUGCCCAUGUCCUUCCAGAUGCAGCAGCAGAUGUUGAGUCGCAUGGCUCAGACUCGAGGGCCCUUUCCUUAUCCACACUAUAUAGACAGUGGUGCUUCGGGGCCGUACGCUGCGCCCUACGUGCCUCUGUCUAUGGGUGCUACGCCUGCUAGCGAUGCAGCAGCAGCAGCACCAGCAGGACCCGGACAGGAAUGGCAGAAUCCCAGUAUACCAAAGUUUAACCCUACUGUUCCUCCUCCUGGAUAUGAUACUAAAAAGGAGGACCCCCACAAGGCCACUGUUGACGGUGUGCUGCUGGUCAUUGUCAAGGAGCUGAAGGCCAUCAUGAAGAGGGACCUCAACCGGAAAAUGGUGGAGGUGGUGGCUUUCAGAGCCUUUGAUGACUGGUGGGAAAAGAAGGAGCACUCGGCAAAGGUAUCUUUGACUCCAGUGAAGGGUGUGGAGGGGAAGGAGGAAGAAAAACCCAAACCUAAAGAGACGAUGGGUUCAAGUCUGCUGGAAAACUGGAACAAGGGCGAGGGGCUGGGCUACGAGGGAAUGGGCUUGGGAAUCAGUUUACGAGGGGCCAUCCGCCUGCCCUCCUUCAAGGUGAAGAGGAAGGACCCGCCUGACGCUGCCGCAGCAGGAGACAGCAAGCGAGCCCGACCCUCCACUCCAGUGGAUGACGAACUGGAGGAUGAAGACCGGGAUCGAGACCAAGCCGAGCUCCCCAACGACGAUUCCAAACUGGACGCCGAUGCUGCAGUGGCGAAGAGACGGCCCUCGAGGCCACUGGAGCUGGACAGCGAGGGAGAGGAGGAGCUGGACACCUCAGGGAAGGAAGAGGAGUCGUUGUCUGACCGGGAGGAGGAGCCUGAGGAAACUCAGGACGGGCUGUCGUCAGGCAAAGCGAGUGGCGAUGAGGAGGGUGAUGAUGAAGACUCUUCCAGUGAAAGCGCUUCCUCAGAUUCAUCUGAUGACGAAGCCGUGAGCUCCACCUCCUCCAAGGCCAGCUCUGUCUCCUCGGCUGAAAGCGCAGACUCCUCUGAGUACGAGUUGAGCUCAGAAGAGGAGGAGGAAGAGGAGGAGGAAGGGGAUGAGGUGGUGUCAGCACGAGAAUCGGAGGCUAAAGGCAAAGUGACCUCUUCCUCCUCUUCGUCCUCAUCAACAUCAUCGUCUGAUGAAGAGGAGAAGGCAGAGACCAAGGCGCCAAGCUCUCCUUCGGGGCCGCCACCAGAGGAGAAGGAGGAGCGGAGGAGCAAGGAGGAGCUGAGCAGUAAAGUCAAACGCAGACCCCCCAGUCCUGAGGAGGAGGUGACAGAGGACCUGAAGCCACCCUCACCCAAAGUCAAACAGCAAGACAUUCCCGUAGUGAAGUCUGAACCUCAGGAGCCCGUAGCAAUCCUUCGGCCCCCGACCCCCACCGGGACCCUGCCCGACAGCGACCAGGAGACGAAAGCCAAAGGUAAAGCAGUGCCUGAAGAAGUAUCCUGCACCCCGGGUAGAUUACCCCCAUGCCCCGUAGAUGCUAAACGACCCCUCCCCAAAUCUGUCUCCGCAUCUGUAAUGCACCUCCCUCUCCCUCCUCACCCGGCAGUAGAAGGUCGUUCCCUCCUCCACCCUCCCCCUGGUCCCCUCCCUGACUUCCCCCAGAGGCCCAGGCUCCCCACAGAUGAGGACCUCCCCCGCACGCCGGGUAGAGACCUGACGGAGCGGGCCCGAAGUCUGGGCAAGUCCCAGAGCACAGACACGAUGCCCAACACCCCCGGCAGUGAGGCCCCCCUGAUGGGCAGCAGCCUGUUGCUCAUCUCCCCUCACAUCCCCGGUAGUCCCUUUUCCUACCCUGCACAAUCCCCCGUCCCGAGUGCUGGAGUCCCCCGCACUCCAGGAAGAGAUUUAACCUUCACUCCUGUCUUCCCUGACCCCACAGCACUGACUUUCAAUAGGAAAAUAUCCUCUGAGAGCCUGGAUGACAGACCUGUUUUCAAGGAGCCCCCCGUCAGCGCCCUGCCCAACCAGUCAGCAGAGCUUUCAGCCAGCGUCCCUGAAGACCUGCCCACGGGUCUCACCGUGGACGUCCCGGUGCCAUCAGACACCGCAACAUCCAAGAGGAAACUUGGUCGACCCAAAGGCAAGAAGACCUUCUCUGAGUUGUCAAAUGAUCAUCUACCCCAUGAUGCAGAUCUGGGAGAUCUAUCCACACAGACGAUCACGGCCCACUCCCCUGACCGGCCGGGCCUGAUCUUCCAGGAAGAAGACGUGAAGCCUAAGACAGUCCUGCCUUCCACAGACAGCUUCUACGAAGAAAAACCACCAGUGGUCGUGAAACCUGCGCGAAGGGCUCGACGAGGCUGGGGGGAGCUUCUGCUAGAGACCCUGUCCCCCGUCACCUCGCCCCCCCGGCCGUACUUCAGCCCGCGCUCCGAGUUUGAAGAAAUGACCAUCCUGUACGAUAUCUGGAACGAAGGCAUCGAUGAAGAAGACGUACGGCUCCUGCAGAUCACUUACGACAAGAUGCUCCAGCAGGAUAACGGCAACGACUGGCUCAACGACACGCUCUGGGUCAACCAUCCUGCUACCAACAUCCCAAGAAUAAAGAAAAGGAGAAGAGACGACGGCAUGAGGGAUCACAUGACCGGCUGCGCCCGGAGUGAAGGAUACUACAAGAUCGACAAGAAGGACAAGAUCAAGUACCUUCAGAGCUCAAAGCUGCAGUCAGAGGAGCCGCCGUUCGACACACAGGGGAUGAGUAUUCCUGCCCAGGUUCACGCCUCCACCAGAGCUGGCUCUGAGCGGCGGUCGGAGCAGCGCCGCCUGCUGUCCUCGUUCGCAUGUGACAGCGACCUUCUGAAGUUCAACCAGUUAAAGUUCCGUAAGAAGAAGAUCAGAUUCUGCAGGUCAGGCAUCCACGACUGGGGUCUGUUUGCUCUGGAGCCCAUCGCUGCUGAUGAGAUGGUGAUCGAGUACGUGGGACAGAACAUCCGACAGGUGAUUGCGGACAUGCGGGAGAAGCGCUACGAGGAGGAAGGCAUCGGGAGCAGCUACAUGUUCCGCGUCGACCACGACACCAUCAUAGAUGCUACCAAGUGUGGCAACUUCGCCCGCUUCAUCAACCACAGCUGCAAUCCCAAUUGUUACGCAAAGGUCAUCACUGUGGAAUCUCAAAAGAAGAUUGUGAUCUACUCCAGGCAGCCCAUUAACGUCAACGAGGAGAUCACCUACGACUACAAAUUCCCCAUCGAGGACGAGAAGAUCCCCUGUUUGUGUGGGGCGGAGAACUGCAGGGGAACGCUGAAUUAACGUCCAUGUGAGCUCCAUCUUCUCUGUCCUUUUCAUUUCGAGGAACUGAAGAGGGAAGGUUUUGUUUUGGAGGAGAAGAAAUCUGCAAGUCAUUUGUCUCCUCACAGAUUAAACUCUAGAUUGUUUACGAUUUAUGGUGCUCUUGAAAAUGAAAAACGCAUUGUUUUUUUAUGUCAAACUUUCUCAAACACUUGCUGGUGCAGCAUUUGCUCCUGUCGUACAGUAUUCAGCAUGACAUCCUUCCACAUCCAGCCCUGGUUUGUACAGUUUACACUUUUAUUUUCUUUCUCUCGUUUGUCUCACAAGCUUUACAUACACCACACAUGGUACAUGGAAUCAACAGCACAUGUUCAGCUGCUACCUAACACUGUUAAGACGCACAAGCCCACCAGGAGAACUCCUCUUCUGUCUGAGGACCAGGUCGGGCCCCUAAGCAGAUGGGAUGACCCCCCCCAGCUUUCUCGCUCCUACCUCCUCUGCACCAGUUUUCUUGGACAAUCCUGCCACAAAAUCUGGAAUAAAUCUGGAAUAUUUGGAUAUCAUGAUAUCAUUUCACCAGCCAAUUAUGGAUCACGCUGCUUCCUAUUAGUUUAUGCAAAAACAAGUCAAAGAUGACAUGCAAAAAUGUAUUAAUGAUAUUCCAGUGUUUUCCAGUUUUGUUAAGGUAGUUCCCCUCUUGCUUGUUUCUUCAAAGACACUAUAUGUAUGUGUGUGAAUGUGUGAGAGAAUUUUUCAUCAUAGCUUAGCGUGUGUGAGUGUGAGUGCACUGCCCCCUGUAGGCCGAGUAAAAGGCCGCCCAAUCACGCAGAGCAAAAGAAAGAGAAUAUUUAAGCAAUUCCUGUCAACAUCCACUAGGAAGCAUUUAUAAAAUACUUCUUAAACUAAGUUUUCAGCUUGUGAAGAAAAGGUUAGUUCUCAUUUUAAGUGCCAUAUGAAUGUUUAACCGUCUUUGUUUAACCUGAGCAGGAGGGAGAAGGACAUAAAAGUCUUUGCCUGGAGCUGUGUUAACAUGUAUGUGAGAAUAAUUGCUGCCUAUUUUUUCAUCAACGUUUGAUGAUGUUUCAGCUGGGAUGACCUUCUCAUGUCUGUGUCCUCUGCAACUACAACACUUAUUUCUCCACCAGUGUUCAAUGUUUCCUUCGAAACUGAAGUGUUUCUAGAACCCAGCAGUGCUCCUGCCGGUACUUUCUUUAUAAACUCAUUAAGAUAAGAAAAAAACUAUUUGUGAAUGCACUCAAGGCUUGCACUUCUGCUUAGCAUCCCCUCAGCCAAUCAUUUCCCCCUAAAGACCAAGUCAAGUCAUUGCUUUUCAUUCAGUUUAUGGAGAAUUUCUUUUUUCACCAGUGAUGUUUAUAUUGUUUAUGAUACUACUUGUACAGAAGAUCUAAAGCUUUUUUAUCUACACAGGGGAAACACUUUUAAGAUGCAUCUUUCUCUCUUUUUUUUUUAACAAAGACUGAGUAUUUAAAAAUAUUUUCAGGGAUCUGUAAAAGGAAUCUGAGGGUUUAAAAAGGUUGUUUAUUUAAAGAAAAAGGUCCACUGUGUACAGGAAAAGUCACCAUCUCCCUUUUUGAAAGAUUGUUUCUUGUGGAAACGUCUUCAUUUUUUGCCUAUUUGCUUUGUAAUCUGACAAAUGUGUAAAUACUGUUACUGUGAAUACUAUAUAAAUAUAUAUAUAUUUUUGUUCCCUGGGAUUUGCUACUCCGCUCAGAGAUCAAUGUAUCAUAAUGGUGAGCGAUGAGCUGGUAGCAGGAAAUUCAGCUUGUGUCAAGCUUUGUUUUUUUUAUUUUCUGUUUGUAAAUUCUAUGAAAAGUUGUUUGCGGUGUGGAGAAAAAACAAAAGGUGCAGAAUCGGCAUGGGAAGAGGAUUGAAGCAUCAGCCAGUUUCUCAUGUCUAUUUAUUACACAACAAAUGUAUGAAAAAGGAAAAGUGGAAAUAAAGCAUUUUGCAUACAUCCAUUAA